AUGAAUUCAAAUUUAUUUAAUGAAAAUUCGACAACAACUAUUACUGAAGCAUGGUUUACUCCUUUAAAUAUUCUCAUGAUUAUAUUUAGUCUAUUAGUCAUCAUACUUACUUUAAUAUAUCUAUUGAUUAUCAUCUUUGAUAGAACAUGUCAUACAAUUCUUAUGAUGUUUGUAGCUAAUUCAUGUUUAGCUGGAUUAAUUGUAGGAUGUAUUAUUCUUAGAAUGUCUUUAUUUACAUUUCAAAAUGAUUUAAAACAAAUUCAGUAUCAAGAUUCACUUUGUAUUGCUCGAGCUUAUAUAGGUUAUGCUUCAUAUGGUAUACUUAAUUAUUCAUUUUUCUUACAAGCUUUAUAUCGAUAUCUCAUUAUUAUUUAUCCCAAUCGUUUAUUUUAUCAAUCUAUUCGAUUUCAAAGUUUAACUAUUUGCAUAACAUGGAUGAUUGGUUUUAUAUAUCCAAUACCAUUUGUAUUGGUCGAUCAUAUUACCUACAAUAGUGAUAAUCAAAUUUGUCAAUUGGUUCUUCAGUUAUCAUUUUCUAUUAUUUAUGGAGCAUUUUGUGCUUAUAAUAUUCCAAUUUCAUUAAUUAUAAUCAUUUAUUUUAAACUAGUUCGUUAUGUUAAAGAGAUGAGUCAAAAUGUAACAACCUCUAAUAAUUUAGUUCGUGCAAAACGUGAAUUGAAAAUGAUUCGACGUAUAGUGAUACUUGUUACAGUUCUAAUUGCAAUUGCAUUUCCAUAUAUAUUAAUGAUGUGUUUAUCAUUUUUUACAACUCCACCAAAAUAUCAUUUUAGAAUUGCUUAUAUAUUUUUUGAUGCAUCAACAUUAUCAGUAAUGCUACUGCUAUUUUAUUUUACAGAUCCAUUAAAAGCAUCUAUAAUGAAAAGAAUAAACGUUCGAUCAAAUACUAUAACAACGGGAACUGCAUAA